AUGGUGUGGAUCCAUGGAGGAGCUCUGAUAAUGGGUGGGGCAUCAACCUAUGAUGGGCUGGCCCUCUCUGCCCAUGAAAACGUGGUGGUGGUGACCAUUCAGUACCGCCUGGGCAUCUGGGGAUUCUUCAGCACAGGGGAUGAACACUGCCGGGGGAACUGGGGUUACCUGGACCAGUUGGCCGCACUGCACUGGGUCCAGAAGAACAUUGCCCACUUUGGAGGGGAUCCAGGCUCUGUGACCAUCUUUGGAGAGUCAGCAGGAGGGCAAAGUGUCUCUAUUCUUGUGUUAUCUCCCCUGGCCAAGAAUCUCUUCCACCGGGCCAUCUCUGAGAGUGGGGUGGCCCUCACUCCUGGCCUGAUCAAGAAGGACAUGAAGGCUGCAGCUAAGCAAAUUGCUGUCCUUGCUGGGUGUAAAGCUACCACCUCGGCUGUCCUUGUUCACUGCCUGCGCCAGAAGACAGAGGACGAGCUCUUGGACGUAACGCGGAAGAUGAAAUUUUUCACUCUUGAUUUGCUUGGAGACCCCAGAGAGAGCUAUCCUUUCCUGACCGCUGUACUUGAUGGAGUGCUGCUGCCAAAGAUGCCUGAGGCGAUUCUGGCUGAAAAGAAGUUCAACACCGUUCCCUACAUCGUGGGAAUCAACAAGCAAGAGUUUGGCUGGAUUCUGCCGACGAUGAUGGGCUACCCACUCUCUGAAGGCAAGCUGGACCAGGAGACAGCCACAUCACUCGUGUGGAAGUCCUACCCCAUCAUUAACAUCCCUGAGGAACUGGCUCCAGUGGCUACUGAGAAGUAUUUAGGAGGGACAGACGACCCUGCCAAAAAGAAAGACCUGUUCCUGGACUUGAUUGCAGAUGGCAUGUUUGGUGUCCCAUCUGUGAAUGUGGCCCGUCACCACAGAGAUGCUGGAGCCCCUACCUACAUGUAUGAGUUUCAGUAUCGCCCAAGCUUCGCAUCAGAGAUGAGACCCAAGACGGUGAUAGGGGACCAUGGGGAUGAGCUCUUCUCCGUCUUUGGGGCUCCAUUGUUGCAAGAUGGUGCCUCAGAAGAAGAGACCAAUCUCAGCAAGAUGGUGAUGAGAUUUUGGGCCAACUUUGCUCGGAAUGGGAACCCCAAUGGAAAGGGGCUUCCCCAUUGGCCAGUGUAUGACCAGAAAGAAGGGUACCUGGAGAUUGGCGUCACCACCCAGGCAGCCAAGAAGCUGAAAGAUGAAGAAGUGGCUUUCUGGAACGAGCUCCUGUCCAAGGAGGCAGCAAAGAAGGCACACCAGUUAAAACACGUUGAGCUGUGAACGGGAGGCCCAGCUGGGGACCCCAGACAGGGGUGUUCUAUAGAAGGUGUUUAUGGGCCAAAGAGGCAUCGUAUGUGGAGGCUGGGGAAUUAGGUGAUGGGUGUGGAAGAGGUCAGGGAGGGGGAAUUUCUGUUUCUGUGGCCUCAAUUUUGGAAAUACAUGUUCUUUUGGAGACCACGUCAGUGUCUUUGCCUUGGGCUGGAAUGAAGUCAUCCUCAUUAGCAAGAGAAUGAUGGGAGAGGGCACCAUUGGCAGGAAGGUGCUUUGGGCAGUUCUGGCUUGGCCUGUGGACAGGAAGAGUUCAGCAGGCUGGGCCCUGGCAGGGGCUCAAGGGGACGCUGCCCCUGCUCCAUGUCUCUGGGCCGUCAGUAACUCCAGUAAGAGGAUGCAGGGGGACCACAGUGCAGUGUCCCUCUCCUCCAUGUGGAGGACACUGUAGAGGUGGAGGUGGCACAGGCUGAGGAUGUACCUGGGCUGGGAGAGAGGGGGACUUGCCACAGUGACACUGUGACACUGUGAUGUGGCCCUUACUGGUCCUCCCACAGGUCUACAGUUCUUUCUUCUGCUUACACAGUAUCCUCCCAGGCCCCUCCCUGAGGCCAUCUCUUCCAACAACUCCUUUAAGCACUUUCUACAGCCUGGACCACAGCACGUCCAAGCAAGGACCACCUUGGAGUGAGUCCCUAAAGUGUCACCUGAAAACUCUCUCUUUCUGAAUCCAUGGGGUGAUUUUUGGCUUCUCCUGGGAUAUAGAAAGCUCUAAGAGUGUUACUCCCACGCUUUCUGCAAGAAAAAUCCGAAUGAUUCCCAGUAUCAUGACUUUUUCUGACUCAUUCAAAGAGGUUGCACAGCAAACAAUUACCCUGGCAUCUCAGGGAAGACAGGCACUUUGGAGGAGAGAUGGGACGUGAACACUGGCUUACCAUCUGCCAACAGGUGGAAGAUGGAGUCACCAUAUGUUUGAGUAGAAUUACUCUAAAAAUUCAAGUCAAGUGCUAAAGGCCAACUGUGGGCAAGUAUGGGAGUAUGAAGUCCUCGGGAGCCAUGGACCCACAGGAGAGUUUACACACAGUACAGGCCCUUCUCCAUGGACCUCCUUCAGGGACCCAUGAGAAACAUUGGGAACAGGUAGUAAGACCAGAGCCUGCUCAGGUGUGCAGCCUUGAAACCCAGCUCAGGCACUUUUCCCCUAAGAAACAAAAUCCCUUAACCACUGGGAAAUGGCAUCAAACCCAUUCCCCUUUUGGCCCUGAGGAAGACC